CCUGCCAGCCACUCCCUGCCAGCUGCGGACGUGGCCCCCGGUAUCGACGGGGUUUAAAAGAAGGUGCUUUUACUUGGACGUCCUUAGCGAGUGGAUGAUCAUGGGCACCACCGCUGGCAGAAAUCAAAAAAUUAUGCGGCCGCUUCUUAUUGUCCUGGUCGCAUUCGCUCUUCAAGAGGCGGCACUCGGUCGAGUGAGCCUCAGUAUUAACCAAACGCCCAACCGCGAACAAUGGCCCACUGAAGUCCUAUCUGGAGGUUUCGGUUAUGGAGCUGGGGCCUACGGUGGCACAACUUCAAAUUCCGGCAGCCGUACCUUGGGUGGCACAAGUGGAACAUUGUCCAUUGGCUCGGGUAGUUUAGGUUACGGCGGAAGCAGUGGUGGAGUUUCCGGUACCUCGAGCGACUCAGGCUACGGUAGCUCUUCUGGAGGAUCCUCAGGAUCUGCAAGCAGCUCUGGUCAUGGAUCUGGUUCCCUUGGUGGCUUCACUGUAGGACUGCCUGGUAUGAUCGGCGGUUCAGGUGUCGGUGGCUCUCUUGGAGGAGCGUCGGGUACCUGGGGCGGUUCAAGUCACGCUGGCUCUGUUGGAGCAGGAUCGGAUACCUCGGGUAGCUCAGGUGUCAGUGGCUCUCUUGGAGGAGUGUCGGGUGCCUGGGGUGGUUCAAGCUAUGGUGUAUCUCUUGAAGGAACUUCUGGUUCUGCGAGCAACUCAGGCCACGGUGGCUCUGCUGGAGAAGCGUCGGGUACCUUCGGAAGCUCAGGCCACGCUGGCUCUGCUGGAGCAGGAUCGGGUACCUCGGGAAGCUCAGGUGUCGGUGGCUCUCUUGGAGGAGCAUUGGGUACCUCGGGCGGUUCAAAUUAUGGCGGCAGUGGUGGAGCAUCGCUGGAUGGUUCGGGUGGCUCAGGCUACGGUGUAUCUCUUGGAGGAACUUCGGGUUCUGCGAGCAGCUCAGGCCACAGUGGCUCUGCUGGAGUAGGGUCGGCUACCUGGGGCAGCUCAGGCCACAGUGGCUCUGCUGGAACAGGAUCGGGUACCUCGGGAAGCUCAGGCUUGGGUGGAUCUGCUAAUGAAGCUUCGGGAUCUUCGAGUGACUCCGGCUAUGGUGGCUCUUCUGGAGGGGCCUCUGGAUCUUCCAGUGGCUCAGGUUAUGGCACCAAUGGCUUCAACGGUGCUGGCGGAGUUGGCGGCUCAGUGUCCGGUUCACUGGGUGGUUCAGGCUACGGCGCCGGCGGCGUUGGCGGAUCAGGAUUCGGUUCCUUGGCUGGUGCAGGUUCUAGAUACGGUUCCAUCAGUGGCAGUUCAAGCACCGGCGGUAGUGUGAGACUCCCGGGCUUGACUGGCUACGGUGGCUCUGCCGGAGGAGCCUCGGGAUCUGCGAGUAGCUCAGGCGAUAGUGGCUCUACUGGAGGAGCCACAGAUUCUUCGAGUACUACAGGUUAUGGCGGUAGUGGCUACGGUGGUGCGGUUGGCACUGGCGGAUCGCUGUCGGCUACUUCGGGAGGUUCAGGUUCUGGAUACGGUUCCCUCAGUGGCAGUUUGAGCACCGGCGGUAGUGUAAGACUACCGGGCGUCACUGGUACUUCAACUCAAGGCUUCGGUCUCUCUGGCAGGCUUACUGGAACACUGCCUGGUGCCUCAGGGUCUGGUGAGCGCUACGGUAGCUCUGCCGGAGGAGCCUCGGGAUCUGCGAGUAGCUCAGGCAAUACUGGCUCUACUGGAGGAGCCACAGAUUCUUCGAGUACUACAGGUUAUGGCGGUAGUGGCUACGACGGUGCGGUUGGCACUGGCGGAUCACUGUCGGCUACAUCGGGUGGUUCAGGUUUUGGAUACGGUUCCUUCAGUGGCAGUUCGAGCACCGGCGGCAGUGUAAGACUCCCGGGCAUGACUGGUACUUCAAGUUCUGGACAUGGUUCCAUCAGUGGCAGUUUAAGCACCGGCGGUGGUGUAAGACUCCCGGGCAUGACUGGCUACGGCGGCUCUUCCGGAGGAGGCUCGGGAUCUGCGAGUAGCUCAGGCUAUAGUGGCUCUACUGAAAGAGCCACAGGUUCAUCGAGUACUACAGGUUAUGGUGGUAGUGGAUACGGCGGUGCGGUUGGCACUGGCGGAUCACUGUCGGCUACAUCGGGUGGUUCAGGCUACGGCGCAGGCGUCCUUGGCGGCUCUGCCGGCUCUGGCGGCGUGGGCGGAUCAUGGUCGGGAUCCUCAGGUAGUGCCGGUUCUGUCGGAGGAAGUGCAGGCAGUGGAGGAGGAUGGGGAUUGAGUGGAUCGGGUGGUUUAGGGGGCGGUGCCCUCGGAGGUGGAGCUGAAGCAGGGUUCGGAGGAAGUGCUGGAGGAGGAUAUUCGGGAUCUGGUGGUGUCAGUGGUAGCGGUGGAACAGGGCUCGGAGGCGUAAGCUGGGGAGGAACUUCAGGGGGAGGUGGCUUCGGAGGUGGAGCUGAAGCAGGAUUCGGAGGAAGUGCUGGAGGAGGAUAUUCGGGUCAUGGCAGUGGAUAUGGAGGAGGGAACGCAACAAUUUCCGGUGGAUCGGGUAGUUGGAGCUUCGGCGGCCGUCCAUACGGUGGCUGGAACGCAUCACAACCGGCUUGGAAUGGUACUUUCGGGUCCAUGUUUCAACGCAAGUGCCGUAUCCCAGGCGAGGUAUUCUGGCGCAGUUCGAGCAACUGUGGCGAGUGCACGUGCAGCCAAUACUUAGCAGGAAGGCGGCCCUCUGGGACACCCGCAGCAUGUCGCAAGGACCUCGUUGCCAAGUGUUGGUGCAGGAGGUGGUUCUGUCGCGCAAGCAACGGCAAAUGUGUUCUCAGAAGGAAUUGCAAGAAAGCGCUAGCAGAAUAGUCGACAGGAUCCCCCCCCCCCCCAGCUCGUUGCUAAACUGCAAUAAAGGUUCACUGAA